UUCAAGUUUAGUAGAAGCUUUUUUGCCAAAUGUAAGAUUAAAAUUGAAAAUGUACAACUCAACACACUGUUCUAAACAAUAUCCCAUUCGUCCCUAUCUGAAACUUCGUCUUCAUCAGAAUUCAGAAGAACCUAUAGCAGAAUGACGGUAGGCGGUGGUGGUGGUACCGCCGGUGUCACCUCCGGCAAAAAACGACAACGUGUAGGUAGCAAUAGCCGACUUUCCUCAACAAUCGGAAUCAUUGACUCUUCACGUCCGGAUAAUAACCUAACGGAACGCUCUCAGAAGCCGUCAGGUAUUCGCCGGACAUCUUCUCACACCGUUAUUCCAUCGUCUUCGACCGCCGCCGGUGCUGCAGCUGCUGGUUGCGGCGGAUUCAACGAUUCAUCUACGGCUGACGUCGUGCUUCGUCUCUUCGUCGAUCAAUUGCCGCUGUUCGAUACUGACGACUCCGAAUCAAUCUCAGCCGUUGAUUCUGAUCAAUCCGAUGUUCAGAUCUAUCUCCACUCCGAUAUUCUCCGCCGCUGUAAGUACUUCGCUGCUCUCUUAUCUGAUCGCUGGCAAAAGGAAUCAAACGACGUCGUUGAUUCAAGAAACUCUUCUAGAACCUUCCGGCUUAAUCUCGGUGUUCCGUCUACUCCUGGAUCAAUCGAUCAUCAUUUAACUGUUCUUCAACUCCUAUACACCAAUGACUUCUCCACAACUAUCAAUACCGUUUCAAUAGCUUUGUGUUUACUUCCGGUGGCUUUGGAACUAAUAUUCGAGGAUUGCAUUAAGGCUUGUGUAAGGUUCCUGGAGGCCGUACCGUGGACCGAAGAUGAAGAAAGGAAAAUACUCAAUUUUGCUCCGUUUUUAGGCAAGGAGGAAUCUCAAGAGCUUCUCGCUAGGGUUUCGACUGAUGAGAACAAUUCGUCUGAAGAAAUGCUUCAUGGAUUGAUAUUAUCGGCACUUCAUAACCAUCCAAACAUGGCAUUUGCUAAGGCAUUUGUAGCGAAACUUUUGAGGGAUUUUUCAUCCAAAGAGGCAGCAAAGAGAGUGUUGGACCGUGCCUUUAUGAGUAGCUUGAAGAUCGUGAAGGAGUCAUUGGAGGAUUAUUCGAGUCCUGAUUUUAGAGGUGAUCAUAAUGAGACUGAGGCAAUUCAGAGGUUGAAUUUGCAUACUGCGAUGACGAAUGGGAGGCAUUUGCUGUGGUUGCUGGAGAGGAUGAUUGAACUGAGAGUGGCUGAUGCAGCUGUACAAGAGUGGAGCAAUCAGGCCUCGUUUACUGCUGACUUGCUGAGAGCUCUCCGUGAUGAUGCAUGGAGGAAUAUCGUACCUGGGCUCCCUGCAGUUGUGCUUCGAUGCACUUGCAAGCUUGCUAAUGCAGUCGCUGCAGGAACUAUCUUGGCUACUAGACAGGUAAGAAUGAAGCUUGUGAAAGAUUGGCUUCCAGUGUUGAUUUUGUGCAAAGACAAUGUAACACCUAUGAUGCCAAGUCAUAAAACAGUAUAUGUGGAGCUGGAAGACACGUUUUUGAGGAUUAUAUCCACACUUACCUUGCCUGAUGCGCAGGAGUUAUUGCAGCAGUGUCUCAGCUUUUCAACUAGGAAUGUUGAUGACUGUCCUCACUUGGUCGGUGCAUUUACCACCUGGUUCCGACGAGCAAAUAGAUCCCCAAUGUAGACAACCUUGGUGUGUGAUGGUCUUCCAAGUGUUGAUGGUUUGAUGGAUAAACAUGGACUUUUCGGUGACUAAUGCUUGCAUACUAGAAUCUCCAUUCCAAAAGACACUGCUAUGUGUAGAUAAAACAUGUUCCCUCGCCUUUGUAUAGGAGGUAAUGUAGAUUGCAUGGCUCUUAGGUUGGUUACUUGGUGCUGCGCAGUAUCCUCGACUGUAAGAAUCAGUUUUAAAGAGAAUGACCAGCUUGUAUAUAGAUUCUAUGCCGUAUGAAAUCUGCCGUUUCUAUA